CUUCCAGAAAUUACAGUCCGUCCCCGUCCCGUCCCCUCCCUCCCUGCUCCAAACUCCCAAGCUCCCUACUCGAUAGCUGCAGCCUGCAGCUCCCCUCAGAUCCACCGCCGCCCACUCGGAGAUUGAUCGAUGCCGCCACCGCCGCCGACUAACGGGGGCAAGUUGACCCCGAACCUGGCGAUGGACGCCGAGGGCACGCGCCUGCUCAACCUCACCGUCCUGCAGCGUCUCGACCCCGCCGUCGAGGACAUCCUCAUCACCGCCGCCCACGUCACCCUCUACGACUUCAACAUCGACCUCAAUCAGUGGAGCCGCAAGGACGUGGAGGGGUCGCUGUUCGUCGUGAAGAGGAACACGCAGCCGAGGUUUCAGUUUAUCGUCAUGAACAGGCGGAACACGGAUAAUCUGGUGGAGGAUUUAUUAAGUGAUUUUGAAUACGAACUUCAACCUCCAUAUUUGUUGUACCGGAAUGCUGCACAAGAAGUAAAUGGUAUUUGGUUUUACAAUCAGCAGGACUGUGAUGCUGUAGCAAAUCUUUUUGGAAGGAUACUUAAUGCUUAUGCCAGAGUACCUCCAAAAGCCAAAGUACCCUCCACCAAAAGUGAGUUUGAGGAAUUGGAGGCUGUUCCUACGUCCGCUGCUAUAGAUGGCCCCCUUGAACCACCGCCAGCAUCCACUCUCAUUUCUGAUACUCCUGAUGAAUCACUUGCUAAUUACUUUGGUGGCGCUGCAAGCAUUGGGAGUGUAUCAAGUGGGUCAAUGGUUGGAAGAGCUCAUCCAUCCACUGAGACCACUGCGGCUUCCCACACGCCAUUGAUUAUGCCUUCCGCUGCCCAGUCGCACCAAAUACCCCCUCCUUUCGGAGGUUCAUCAGCUCCACCACUGCCCCUCCAGGACACUAAUGCCCAUGCUAGCCAUUCAACAAAUCUUGUAACACCGGCAUUCUUUGCUCCUCCAUCAUCCUCUUCUGCAUCACUAGCUCCGCCGAUUUCAUCAAUGAUGCCCACAGCACCACCUGUUCAUUCAACUUCAUCAUCUACUCAACAUCCUCAGUACGGGCAUGGCACCCCUCUACUCCAACCUUUUCCACCACCAGCACCACCUCCAUCCUUCGCCCCUGCACACAAUGAUGGCUCUGUUAUUUCACGGGAUAAAGUUAAGGACGCUCUCCUGAGACUUGUUCAGAGUGACCAGUUCAUCGAUUUAAUUUACCGGGAGUUGCAGAAUGCACAUAUGUAGACUGCUUCCUAGGUGUCUUGUUGCUCGCUGCCGCGACAAGAGUGUUUCUGUUCUCUGUGAGUUUUGUACGCUGGUUCUGGAACUUCUGUAUAGCUUUGUAUUUGAUGUGUUGAUGUAGAUUCUUUAUAGCAAUGGCUGGUAGUACUUAUGGUCUUCCUUGUUUACAAAUGACUAUGUCAAUGUCAUUACAUUUAUGUAAUUGAAAAAAAGGAGUUUGUAAGGAUGUUAUGAUAUCAUCAUUUUCGUGUGUUUUACUGAGCAA